AUGCAUCUAUCUCCAUCCAUCCCCAUCUUCUUCUUCUCUGCCCUGGUGCACGCAAGAACCGACCUCACAGGCUGCACAAGAACAGACGUCUCGUCACCAGCUGGCGCCUCUUACGCAUGGAUCGUCCCCGACACUCGAGAACUAUGCGACUUUUUGGAUUGUGGAGGCGGCAGAGCACCUCCUAAGACUACAGUCCCUGGAUGUCCUUUGUAUGUUGGUACGGAAACAUAUAAACCUAGUUUUCUGGCUGGGUUUGGUGCGGCUGUGACGGGAGGUGCUACGGCUACUACUGCUGGGCCUACUAUCACCAGUUUUGCUGCUACUGCUACUGCUACUGCAGCCGUGGACAAUGGUACUGAGCUUGAUGAUGGUGAGGCGAACGAUGAAGGCGAUAUGGAUGAUGGAAGCGAUGCCGAUGAUGAAGGCAAUACGGAUGACAUCGACGACUUCUACGAUUUGAUGAUCACAUAUCCCGCUGAUUGGAACAAUUGGACACCUGAGCAACAGGCCAACUGGUGGUCGUCCUAUGGGUACAAUUCUGCUGCAGCCAUCACGGCCACGACUAGUUUUACGAGCGGAACCAGCACCUCUUCUCAACAAUCCACGGCAGCCUCGAGUGAUUCGAGCGUAUCAUCUUCGACUUCGAACUCGGCUGUCUCGAUCACCAACGCAGCAGCCACUUCCACGACAAGCACAAAAGAUCUACCCACUCUGGCUGCAGCAUCCACUACUUCAGCAGUCACAACCGCCAGUUUGAGCAUGACCAGAUCGUGGGUCAAGACCAUUCCGACUUUUGCCAGAGGCGCUGCUGAUGUCGAGAAUGAUAGGGCAAGUAGGGCAAGCGUGUCUGCGUCUGGAUCGACUUCUGCCUCUGCACCUUUGGUGGAUUCUACUGGCGCUGCUGGAAAGGUUGAUUGCGUCUUUGGUGGUGUUGGGAUUGUUGCUGCUGUUAUUGGAGUUUUGGCUGUUUUUUAA